AUUGGUGCGUUCCUUACACUGACGUUGCUCUGUAUUGGGUGUGCGAUUAUUCUGUUUAAUAACAUGUUACGAAACAGGGACACCUUGAGUCCAGGAGACUUUUUGUAUUACUCAAAUGCAACAUUGGACUAUAGCAGUGAACAUAUUAUUACAUUUUAAGGAUGACUGGCAGCACAUGAGGAUGCUCUCCGGUUUAAGCUUAGCUGUCUUCCUUGUCUGGGCCACAUUAAGCGCAUGCACUACUGGUCAACCCUGCCGAUGUUCAGCCCUCCUGCCUGCUGGCCUGCAGGUCAACUGCAGCUUUUUAAACCUCAUGGAGCUGCCUCAUCUGCCCUCAGACACCACAGAGCUCGAUGUGCAGAACAACCGGCUCAUCUCGUUGACUCCAGGCCUCUUUGACAGACUGGUUGGUCUGAAAAAGGUCUCACUAUCUGGGAACCCCUUUCAUUGUGACUGUAGGAUCCAAUACCUGAGGAACUGGUUACUGAAGAACAGGGAUGUUGUCUCCAAGGAGCCCACCUGUUCCAGUCCAAGCUCUGUGUCUCAGAGAGCCAUCACUGAACUCAGCAACAACUACUUUUCUUCCUGUGCCCUGGCAGGCUGUACUUAUGGGACUUAUAGCACUGUGAUGGGAGUGAUGCUAUGCUGCCUCAUUGUUCUGCUUCUGUGGAGCUUGAGACUAGCCAAAACGUGCACAUUCACUCUGUACAUAUAUGAGAGACAUUCGGGAUUUGAGGCCGACUCUUUGCGCUCACUGAAGCCCAAACACAGGAGGAGGCUGCACACUGCACAGUCAGAGGUCAGCAUGGAUUCCCUCACGUGUGCAGAGGAGCUAGAAAAACCACUUAUCAACAUGGAGUUACUGCCACAAGUACUGGAUGUGUUGGACAAGAAGCACAAUAUAAAGAUAAAGGCUACCUGAGGGACCUACUACAGUGAAAUUACAAAAAACAAUACGAGUGGCAAAUAGAAUAAACGGCAGCGCAACGGAUUUCUUUGUUUUUUGCAAUAAAGUUAUUUUUAAAGGUGCAAUAUGUAAUAUAUUACUGUAUUAAAUUCAAAAAUGACUACAAUAUGUCAUCAGACAUUAAGGAAACAUGCUAAGCUAAAAUACUAUCUUUUCUGACAAUAAUGCUUGUUAUCAACUGGCCAUUUUGACAGCCAGACCGGGUUGCCAGAUUUCUGUAAAAACGCAAACCCAGCGCGAUACAGCUGUAGUACAGCCAUGGAAGCAGCAAACAAACGCACGGGAUCAAUGGAGAUAGAUUCUACCCAACCU